CGAAACUUAAUUUAUUUAUUUUUUUUCUUUUAAAGUGUUAGUAGUUUCUUACAAAAGUAGUAAUAAGAGUUUCAUUCCAUGUCAAUAAUUUUUAAACGGAUAGUAAUAUUAAAGAUGAGAAUUCUACCAUUAAAUUAACGAUAAGGUUUUCUAUAAUAAAAUAAUAGAAGAUAAUAUUACAAAUAAAAAAUAGAUAUAAGUAAAUGUUACUGUAACUAUAUAUAUAAACGGUGUUUCUCAAUAUCUGCGAAUAACAUUAUUAUUAUUAAAACCAUAUUAUUUAUAAAAAAAAAUAUAUACAAUAAAUGAUGGAUAAUAAACACAACAAUUACGACCAACAUGAUUCUGAUAUCUACUUAAAUAGCUCAGUUCGACAAAACAGUUUAUACGAAUCAGACGUGGAUUUUAUUAUAAGCAAUAGCAAAAACAACAUUAGACAAAGUAAUAUAAAUUUAGAGCUCACCGAGAAUACGUCACUAUUAAAUCGAAAUAUGAGAGAAAAGUUUACAAAGCUAAAAAAUGCAUUUAGAAAUCGUAAUAUAAUUGUUGAUAUAUUAUCAAUAUUUUUUGGGAUAGCAGCUUGGAUUGGUAUUAAUUCAGUAUUUGUACAAUUACCAUUAUUAGUUGAAAAUGCACCCGAAAGUUGGAGUUUACCAUCAUAUGUUGUUGUUAUUGUACAAAUUGGUAAUAUUGGACCAAUCAUUUACACAUUAUUACAUAAAAUAUAUCCUCAAAAAAUACGUGAUGCUUACAUGAUAUAUAUUGUAUUAAUAAUUGGUACAAUAUCAGCAUUACUUACAUCAUUUCUCUAUAAUAAAACAAUGUAUAUCAAUGAUAAAGAAUAUAGUAUAGCAUUAUUUAUAUUGGUAUUCUUUUUGGCAUUAAAUGGUUGUACAAGUUCUGUUUUAUUUAUGCCAUAUAUGGGAAGAUUUCGUGCAAUAUAUCUAAUUACAUAUUUAAUUGGAGAAGGAAUGAGUGGCUUUUUACCAAGUAUUGUGGCAUUAAUUCAAGGUGUUGGUGGUAACACAAAAUGUAUAGAAGUGAAUACAACAAAUGGUACAACAAUAUAUGAAAAGUAUACCCCACCGCCAUUAUUUGGAACCUCGGAUUUCUUCAUUUUUGUAUUUUCAUUAAUGUUAUGUAGCAGUAUUGGUUUUACACUGCUUGAUAAUUUAAACAUUUGUAAAAGAGAAUAUGCUGCUGUUAAAAUCAAUCACGGAAAUCACUAUGAAUAUGAGAGCUCCGAUGUUUUAGAAGGAAAUGUUAUUGAAGAAACUAAGGCUAACGAUAAUGUAUCAAUAAAUUGCAAAAAAAACAUAACACCAAAAGAAUACAAAUUACUCUUAUUAUUAAUUGCUAUUGUAUGUAUGUUUGGUAAUGGUAUAAUACCAAGCGUUCAGUCAUAUUCUUGUCUACCCUACGGGAACAUUAUUUACCAUUUAACAGUAGUUUUUACUUCUAUUGCUAACCCAUUAGCAUGUUUUUUGGCAGUUUUCUUACAACAUACAUCAGUUAAAUUAAUAUUAAUUCUGUGUGGAAUUGCAAGUGUCAUUGCCAGUUAUUGUUUAUCAACGGCAAUUUUAAGUCCAGAACCCCCUUUAUUUGAUACACUGGGUGGUGGAAUUAUUAUUGUAAUUGCAUGGGCUAUACUCGUGGGACUCGUUAGUUAUAUCAAACUGUCAAUAACUGCUGUAAUGAGAUUGCAAGCCGGAAAAUCUUUAGUAUUGACAGGCGCAAUAUCUCAAGCUGGUUCUGCUGUUGGAUCAAUUUGUAUAUUCUUUUUAAUCAACUACACACAAAUAUUUGUAUCAUAUGAGCCCUGUUAAUUUUUAAAUUCAAUAAGAAAACUGGAACUAUUACAAAUUAAAAUAGUUAGUAAAUUUUAAAUUAUUUUAUUUUAUAAAAUAAAAAUUUUGCAAAUGAAUGAUAAAUGGUGAUUAAAUGUAAUUAAUAAUUAUAAAAUGAUAGAUAAAAUGUUGAUUUAUCAAGUUUUAAGUUAUUUUAUCUGCAAAAACAUUUGUAAAGUUUUUACUAAAUGUACAAAAACUUUCAUUAGCCAAAUUAUAGGACUCAAUAGACCUUUUUUAAUUAUAAUCAUUGUAAAAGUAAACUUUAAGUGUGUUGAAGAAUACACAAAAUUCGAGAACAAAGUAAGCAGAAAAAGAGAAUUCACAUAAGAUCAAUUCCAAAUAAAAAACGACAAAUAAAAUUAGAAUAAAAACCUUAAAAGUUAAGUUAUAAAAUAAUGAGAAUUUAGAUUUUUUUAAGUAAAUAUAAAAAAAACAACUUCUUUAAGGGAUUGGAAAAAUUUCGAAACAAAAAAAGAAAAAAGUUCUUUGAAAUUACUUUAUUAGGUGAUGGAGUACGCAACCGAAAACAUUCGCGGAAAUAGGAACCAUUAAAAAAUCUAAAAUUCUAUUUUCUCAAAAAUAUUAUAGCAAAUUUAUUGAUUAUUAUUCGUUAUGUAGUUUUAAUUUAAAAAAAAUAAUGUAAUUAUUAAAUUAAUAUAGAUGAAUUUUUACAUAAAAAUUUAAAAUCAUUAUUGUUAUUUACAUAGUUUUCAAAUUUUUACAAUAUACUCAAAUUAGGUCAAGUGAAAUUUUAAUAUUUAAGUUUUUUUUAUAAAUAAAUUAAGUAUUUUUUUUUAAUUUUUGUUAAAAAGAGUUGUA